GCAAUGGAGACUUGGUUUUAGUGCGAACUGCUGGUGGUAGCGAACGCGAGAGAGUAAGGGAAGAAGGCAAGAUGUUCCUGCGGCGGUUCCUGACGGGGGGAAUGGGGUCUUUGUUGAUGGCGAAGGUGAAGGAGACGACGGGAGUCGUGGGCCUCGAGGUUGUGCCGAACGCGCGAGAGGUGUUGAUAUCGCUGUACACGCGGACGCUGAAGGAGAUCGAAGCCGUGCCGGAAGACGAAGGGUACCGUAAGGCCGUCGAAAGCUUCACCAGCCACCGGCUUCAGGUCUGCCAGGAGGAGGAGGACUGGGAGGCGAUCGAGAAGCGUAUCGGAUGCGGACAGGUGGAGGAGCUUAUUGAAGAGGCCCAGGACGAGCUCAAGCUCAUCGCCAAGAUGAUCGAGUGGGAUCCAUGGGGCGUGCCUGAUGAUUAUGAAUGCGAAGUCAUUGAAGAUGAUACUCCUAUUCCUAAGCACGUUCCUCAGCACCGACCGCCACCGCUUCCUAAAGAGUUCUACAAGACGCUGGAAGCUGUUCAGUCGAAACCAGCCUCAAAGGACGAGUCAUCCAAUCAGUAGGAGUAGUUAUGUAUGUUUAAAAGCUUCCAAGAUGCUUUGAAUUUGAACCUUUCAGCUUGCUUCCUUUGUGUUGUUAAUUAAUAAUGUACUUAGCUUCCACUGGAAGUUAUAUUAAGUACCCGUCUAUUGAAGAAUAUUUUUUUUUCA